GGUGAUCAAAUUGUUAGUAUUUUAUUCAGUGACACAAGCACAAAUACAAAGUUCAUGAUCUCUACUGUAUACGGGAAACAUACUGAAGGAGAAAGGGAAGAACUCUGGGCAUCAAUGAGGUCUCACAUGCCUAAGGGCCUUCCAUGGUUUGUUGGUGGAGAUUUCAACGUGGUGGCAUCUAUGACUGAACACAAAGGGAGAAUCCCCCCCAGCUCUAAGGGGAUAGAGGACUUCUCUCAGGCUCUUCAAAUCUGUGAGCUUAGCAACAUCACUCCAAGUGGUGGUCUGUACACUUGGAAUGGGCGUAGAACGCAAGGAAUGGUUUGGCGCAGGCUAGAUAGAAUUGUGGUUAAUCCUAGAGUCUUGGAAGCUUAUGAGGAGGUGACACUUACUCAUUUAAGCAAAAGUGGCUCAGAUCAUAAGCCAAUCUUCCUUAAAUGCUCAAAUCCCAAGUUUGAUGGCCCAAAAAAUUUCAGAUUCAUCAAUGCUUGGCUAACCCACAAAGAAUUCCUGCCCAUGAUCAAGAAGUAUUGGCAUAACAGCAGUAAUGUAAGUGGUAUGAUGGGCUUUGGAGACAUUUUCCUUAAUGUCAAACCAAUAAUAAGGGAAUGGAAUAAGGAGAUCUUUGGAGACAUUUUCCUUAAUGUUAAAAAAGCUGAACAAGUGGCUGCUGAAAAACAAGUCAGAUAUGAGGAGGAUCCCAUGGAAGAACUGAGAUGUGAAUCAAAUCUUGCUGCUGCUAAACUCCUCCAGGCUUGUAAUGUGGAAAGAAUUUUCUGGGAACAAAAGGCCAACAUCUCUUGGCUGAAAGAGGGGGACUCCAACACGAAAUUCUUCCAUUCAUAUGUCAAAGGGAGGAGAGCAAAACUUAAAAUAUCCACCAUAAAGGAUGACAUGGGGAUCAAUCAUGACAAUGAAGAUCAAAUUGGUAACCUGGCAGUAGAACACUUCACCAAUCUCUUUGCUGAUCAUGCCAUUUCAAAUCCAGAAAGUAUUACCACAUACAUUCCCACCACCAUCACAGAACAAGACAACAAUUUUAUGAGGAGGCUACCUGAAGUAGAGGAAGUUAAGGAAGCAAUAUGGUCCCUUAAUCCAGAUGCUGCAGCUGGUCCGGAUGGGUUUAAAGGAAGAUUCUUCAAAGAAUGCUGGAACAUAAUCAAAGUGGAUCUGCUUAGGGCAUGCCAGGAAUUUUUCCUGGGAAUCAAAAUCCCUGCUUCGUAUGGAAGUACCCUCAUAACUCUGGUCCCUAAAGGUGACAAUCCAGUUAAAUGGAAAGACUAUAGACCUAUUUCCCUGUCUACCUUCAUGAGCAAGAUUAACACUCGUAUUCUAGCCAAUCGACUUGGCACAUUACUGCAUAAAGUGAUUGGUCCGGAACAAGCUGGUUUUCAAAAAGGGAAAUCCAUUGAUGACCAAAUCCUCUUGGCCCAAGAGAUGGCUCAUCAACUGGAACGCAAG